AUGGAAAAACUCAGGAUUCAAGAAGCCUUGUACUUGAUUCUUGGUCAAGAUCAUUGUUCUGCAGUUUCCCAUGACCAUCGACGACCUGGUUCAGGCAGACUUUUCCGCCGUGGAGCCUACACUGCUGCAGACCAAUACGAUGAUGAUGACGACCAAUAUGACGUUGACGAUGAGGCCUACGUUGAAUAUGAGUACGACCCUGGGUAUAUGGCCGCUGAUGACAGCUGGGUGGAUGAUUCUCAGUGUGAUGCUGAUGCAGCGUACUAUGAGAAUGCUGAGUACGACGCUGUUGAAGAUGCAGAGUACGAUGUUGAAGCGUACGACGAAGCGUACGCGGCGUACCUUGACGCCACACGAAGAUUCCAGGACCUGAAGCUGUCUCGUGGAUUUUACCCAGUGGUAGCUCUUGCAGAUCAAGGUACCAUGCCGACGUCUUCAAGUUCACAGACACCAGUUGGAACCGGACGUGGCAAAGGCUAUGGUGGCGGUGGCAAAGCCAAAGGCCGUGGCCGUGGCAAGGGCAAGAACAUUGUCCGAUAUCCUCCUCCAGGUGACCGCAAGCCUCCAGACCCCAGAGGACGUGCUGCUGCCAUCACUCACUGCCUGCGUUGUGGAGCUAGGGGCCAUCAAGCAGCUCAGUGUCCACGCACUCCAAAGCAUUCAGCACCACCCUCUUCGACGUCUCCAAGCCCAAAGAAGCAUCACACUGAAGGUAUGGCGAUCCUACAGCCUCUUGAUGAACAUGGACAUGUCAUCUUUGAAGAUGUGGAUGGCAAGCCUCGCGUUGACUGCACGAUAACUUUCCUGAAGAAGCUCGAUGAGGAGAUGCCCGAUGAAGUUUACUUGGCUCCCCGAUGUGGACUGUGGUCACCAAUGCAGUCCAUCAAUGCUUUGACUCCUGAAAAACGUGAAGAGCUAUCCAUCCAGCGGCAACACCACCAUGAUGUACAUCUGCAGUUUUGCAAGGUCAUCUACACCCGACAGGUCACAGGGUCGCUUUUGACCAAUGCAAAUAUGGUGCAUGCUGCCUUGACAAAGAUGGCUUGGCGAUUGGUGAAGAAGUCUACCAGUUUGCAGACUUCAAAGCGAGCAGCUGCACAGGCUAUGACACUUCGAUGCGACCGUGGCCAUCAACAUUGCCAACUUGAAGGUCAAAUGCCUGGCUUUGGAAGAGCAAGAGCCAGCUACCUGGAAGAUUACCAGCCCACUUUGGCUGCUGUGCUGGCUUCAUGCCUUGCUGCUCCUGAAGUUCCAACUGCAUGGGACACUGCCUUCGCCGUCAACGAGGAGAAGGCCAUCCAUGGGCAGAUCAUCCAGCUCAUGACUGAUCACAAAGCCGAAGCUGUGAUUGCAGUUCAGCGCCUCCACCGAAAUCUUGGCCAUCCUACGACCUUUGCACUUGAUCAGAUGCUGGAAUCCAGGGGAGCUUCCGAGGCUGUCUUGAAUGUGGCCAGAAGCUACCAGUGCCAUGCCUGUUUGAAGUAUCGAAAACCCAAUCAAGUCGCCCCAGCAUCUACCAAAGUUGUUUGCAAGUUCAACCAGAGCAUUCAAGCUGACACCAUGUGGAUCAAGAAUGGCAACAACAAACACCCCAUUCUCUCAGUUGUGGAUGAGGGAACGCGCUUCAUGAUGGCGCACUUGCUGGCUGGCGAACGUUCUCAAGACUUCAUCCAGGCUCUCUCCUACCCGGUGCCCCAGUUGAACAAUAACCCUUCGACUUCUGGAUUUUCUCCUUCUCAGUGGGCUUUGGGUCAAUCACCAACCUUCCCUGGAGAGCUCCUUAGCACCAAUCUGACUCCAGUGCACUUGGACACACCUUUUGAGGACGAACUGUCCCGCAGAGCUGUGGCGAAGAUGGCCAUUGUUCAGGCCGAUGCUGAUCAGAAACUUCGCAGGGCACUCCUUCGAAAAUAUGUUGGCACCAACAUUGCAUUGUCCCCUGGCCAGACUUGCUUUUACUGGAGAGACGCCCGAGCUGCUGACCUUGCGAAAAUCAGGUGGAAGGGGCCAGCAACGGUCCUGAUGCGUGAGGACGACGAUGAUGGCCGUCCUCGAGUUGAUUGGAUUGGCCACAAGACCCAACUACUUCGAUGCGCUCCUCACCAUGUGCGACCUGAAACUGGCCGCAGCACCUCCACCUUGAGGUGCGAUCUCCAAGUGGCCAAGGACAUGCUACAAGCCUUGAAAUCUAGAGGAGUCACCAGAUACUCCGACCUGACUAUCAAGAACAAACGCGACAUCGAUGAUGUGGACUCUGGCGACGAGAUGAUGGAUGAUGGAGACAGUGAUGAUGAUCAUCCACCAUCCCCAAAGAGAAGACUGGUCGACCCUGCCGUCUAUGAACGUGAAGCCCUUGGCAUUUCUGAGUUUGAACAAAUCGAGCGGGAAUUGGACUUUACUCCUGCUCCUCCUUCAGUGCCAUACUCUCCAUCUGUGGCAUCCUCCAUUGCCAAUGAUGCUGAACAACCACAUCCCAUUGGACUUCGGGAUCAGCAUCAGAUUCCUCCUGGACUUGAGGAACAAGCUGCCGGUGGCGACCCGCCUGGACUUGCGGUCGACCCCCAAGCUCCUGGACUUGGACUUUUGGAGCCUGAGCAGCUUGGAGAUGGAGACGUCCCACAGUCUGACAUGCAGGGCGAUGAAGCUGACGGCCAAGUUCCUUUCUCUAUGGAACCUUCUCGAGAGCUGAGUCCCAAGACACCACAACCACCACGACUGCCACAAGCUGCUCAACUUGACCCUGUCACUGCAUCAUACUAUGAGCCUGCGACAGCUGAAGAAUUUCGAGCACAUCGCAGACGACUGGAACGACAAGAGACGAUGUCUUUUGGACCCAUCAGAGGCCUCCUGAUACUCAUGGCGCUGGGCCCUACUCUGAACCUCCCAAAGAAGAAGACCAUUUCGGUCUCAGAGCUUGGCAAUCUUGGCCAUGGAUUUUCGGCCUUCGACAUCGAUGAUUUGGAGCACACUGCUCUUCCCCUGGAUGGACCCCAUGAUGUCAAGCACUUUUGUGACAACAUCCAUGAUCCCUCCAAAGCCUUCGACAAGCCUUGGAUUGGUUGCACAAUUUUCCAGAUCAACGGCGAUACUCGCAAAGACAUGGGCAUGCAUGCAUACACGAACAAGAACGACAUCUCAGAGCGCAACCUGAGUUUGCAGGACAAGAUUAUGUUUCAUCAAGCCAAGGCGAAGGAGCUGAAAUCAUUUUUCGAGAAUGGUGUUUUGUCAUUUCAGACCACACGUGAAGCUGUCCCUGAUCGGACGUUCACCAGCCGUAUUUUGCUGAAGUGGGCGAAGAAUGCCGACGGGACACCAAGAGCCAAAGCACGUUUGGUUGUCAGAGGAUACACCGACGCUGAUGCUUUGGCUGGCAGAUUGGACACAGCUUCACCAGGGCUCCCUCAAGAGAGACUUUUGUGGGUCAAACUCCCAGCUGAUGCUUUGAAUAUUUUGGGUGGCGACGAAAACACCCGCAUGCUUUCGCACAAGCCUGUUUACGGACAGCUGGUUCAACGCCAGUUCUAUGUGGACUUCUUUGUCUUCAUGUGGAUGACAUGCUGGGCACAGGCAAUCCACAGUCUGACACAUACCUUGCGUCAGAGGGAUGAUGAUGGCACCUGGCGCAUUAGCCACAAGGACUAUAUCAUCUAUAUCCACAAGAUCCAGCCAUUGCCAGUGGAGAAGGACAGACAGACACAUCAACCGAUGUCUGACAAAGAGCACACGAUGCUGCGACAGUUGCUGGGCAGUCUUCAAUGGCCAGCAGUUCAAUCUUCUCCUCGCAUCCAAGCAUCUACGUCCUUGCUGAGCGGUGAAAUGAGCGGUGGUUUAUCAAGCCCUUUGCUAGAAGCCAACAAGCUGCUGAGAUUUGCAAAGUCCAAUGCGGACCUUCAUCUGAAGUUUCCUCCAAUUGGUGCAUUGGAAGAUCUCAGAAUCACUUGCAUGUUUGAUGCAGCGCUUGGCGUUCGACAUGAUCAAUCCAGUCAAGGUGGCUAUUUGAUUUUGCUCACCAACAAAAAGGCCUUUAAGGGCGUUGAGUCCCCCUACCAUAUUUUGGAUUGGCGCUCAUUUCGUUUGCCACGUGUGGCAAGGUCAAGCCUCGCAGCCGAAGUUCAAGCUGCAGCCCAAGCCGUGGAUAGCACUGAGUUUGUGGUUCGUUUUUGGCAUAUGCUUUUGAAUCCAACUACCAGCCUGAAAGACACCUUGCAGAUUUCCAAUCCCUCUUUGGCUCCAACACCCAUCACUGACGCCAAAGCACUGUAUGAUUCUUUUCACAGAGAUGCAAUCAACCAUGGUGCGACCGACAAGCGCACGAAUUUGGAGUUGAGAGUGAUUAGAGAGCAGGUAGAAGGUAUUGGAGGUGUUUUACGUUGGAUUUCCUCUGAACGGCAGUUUGGAGAUGGUUUUACCAAAAUGGCAGCCCGCCAACUGUUAGCCGAUCGAAUCAGACAUGGUGCGAUCAAAUUCACUUUUGAUCCUGGCUACACCGCCUCCAAGAAGAAGACAGCAGCUCAGAGAGCGAAAAGCAGGAAUGAAUUUACAACUACAGUGACUACAACAAACCACAAUCAACUUUCACACAACCACAAUGCAGCCGAUGACGACGUGCCUGUGAAUAACAUGUCCCCGGUCUCAAAUGAUGUUGAUGAGAAUGACCUGGCCCCUGAAAAUAACACGGUCCCUGAAAAUGCCAUAGUUUCUGAGAAUGUCGAGAUUUCUGAGUAUGCCAUGAUGGCUGAGUAUGCGGCAGUUUCUGAGGAGACCUUUGCCCGGCCGAGCCAUGGCGCGCGCCCCAUUUUUCAAUUUCUUCUUGCAGCAGUUUUGCCGAUGAUUUCUGGCGGCACUGAUUUGGUGCCAUUUGCGCCAUUUGGUUCUGGAAUGGAAUCGCGACAGUGCGAUGCAGCUGAAGAGUUUGCGUACCACCGUGCAGACAAGUCAUGGUGGCCACUGCUGGUUUCAUUUGCCGUGUUUUUGGCACUGCUUUCUGGAAUCAUUUCUUUGACUUGGCGAUGCGCGACGCAACAUAUGCGACAGCACCUGCUGGGAGCUGAGAAUAUCAUUUUGGAUUUGAAGCGCGAUCGGAGAAGACUCACUGACCGAGCCGUUACGGCUGAAGGACACAACAUUGGCCUUCAGUUCGAACUGAGUCAACAGGAUGAGUUGCGUGAGCGAGACCGUGCUCACGAUCGACAGGUGACUCGAAAGGCAGUUGGUUUGCUGGAUAGAACGCUGGUGGAACUUCAUGCUUUGAAUCAAUUUCAGACUUUCUAUGCGCCCUCAGGACGCUGCUGGCAUUUCUCACGAGAUUGUGGAGCUCUAGCCAAUACUGCCCAGGAAAAGGCCUUGCUUGCCUUUCGCGAUUUGCUGGACAAGGACUUCGAGUGCCUUGAACUUGGUUGGCUCCCUACCAAUCAACAUAUAUAUAUACAGAUAUACACACACUACUUACAUCUGCGUAUAUAUAUAUAUAACUUACAUAUACAUAUAGGGACCAUCACCAUCUCGGGGGGGAUGAUGGGACCACCAGACACUGGGCCAUAUAUAGCUGUGUGUAUAUAUUAUAUGUGUGUGUGUGAACAAGUAUGUGUGUAUGGGGGAAAAUGGGAAAAUAUAGGCAACAGGUUUCAGGACCUCUUGCGUCAUUUGGGCGAGGUGAAACAAAAAUAUAUGUUACAUAUAACUAUAUAUGUAUUACAUGUAUUAUUACAUCUUAUACAUAUUAUAUACAGCGACGCGUUUUUUGAGCAAGUUCAAAGUAUUUCAAAGUAA